UCCUUUGCGGCCCGCGAGACCUUGUGGAAGAGAGAGCACCCAGACAACCCUAGUCCGCGUCAAAUUGGCUCCUGGGUCCGUCCGCCGCAUGUCUUGAGCCAGAGCCUCCAGCAGAGGGCGCGUGGGCGAUGAGCGGCCGAGGCCCGCGAGCUGCCGCUCUAGCCUGACAUGGUUCAUAGAGUCGCACGGCUUCCGCCCCGCUGCGGGGAAGGAGCCGGAACUCCGGCGGGCUCAGGGCGUCGAGAUGGAGGAAGGCGAGUACGAGUCGGUUCUCUGUGUCAAGCCAGAGGUCCACGUCUACCGCAUCCCGCCGCGGGCCACCAACCGUGGUUACAGGGCUGCGGAAUGGCAGCUGGACCAGCCAUCAUGGAGUGGCCGGCUGCGGAUCACUGCGAAAGGGCAGGUGGCCUACAUCAAGCUGGAGGACAGGACCUCAGGGGAGCUCUUUGCUCAGGCCCCAGUGGAUCAGUUUCCAGGCACAGCUGUGGAGAGCGUGAUGGAUUCCAGCAGGUACUUCGUCGUCCGCAUCGAAGAUGGAAACGGGCGACGGGCGUUUAUUGGAAUUGGCUUCGGGGACCGAGGUGACGCCUUUGACUUCAAUGUUGCCUUGCAGGACCAUUUCAAGUGGGUGAAACAGCAGUGUGAAUUUGCAAAACAAGCCGAGAACCCAGAUCAAGGUCCCAAAUUGGACCUAAGUUUCAAGGAGGGCCAGACCAUCAAGCUCAACAUUGCAAACAUGAAGAAGAAGGAAGGAGCAGCUGGGACGCCCCGAGCCCGGCCCGGCAGUGCAGGAGGGCUGAGCCUGCUCCCCCCUCCCCCAGGGGGGAGGACCUCCACCCUGAUCCCUCCCGCUGGGGAGCAGUUGUCUGUGGCCGCAUCCAUCGUCCAGCCAGCAGUUGCUCCCAGUUCAGGAGGUGCCACUGUGUCCUGGCCGCAGCCCAAGCCUGCCGCUGCUGCCACCGCCGACAUCUGGGGAGACUUUACCAAAUCCACAGGGUCAACCUCCAGCCAGACUCAGCCAGGCACAGGCUGGGUCCAGUUCUGACCUGAGCGCAACUCUUUUUCCUCAUACAACUUCUGGAAAGGAGCUGCCUCAUCUGGGCGGAAGGAAGGAGGAUGAAGCACUCCCUGGCCAGCCUCUGUCUGGAGCACGUCUCUCUCCUCUCCUCUUCCUUGCCUGAACUCUCCUGACGGACUGGGCAUGUUAGGCAGUAAAUUGGCACCAUGUCACACUGUUUCCUGGGAUUCGAGUGUGCGGCCAGAGCACAGGAGAAGAGUUCCAGGAUCCCUACCCCUGUCUGUCCUCCUGACAUGAGAGAGACGCUGAGACUUCUUCCAUCGCAAAGACUCGUAUUAAACACAAGCCC